AUGGCUCAUAAAACACCAUACUAUUGCAUUUUGACACUCUUUAUGUUGUCUACUUAUUUUGUGCCAAUUUUUGGUGACACAAAUGGUCAAAUUUUGAUAAGGUUCAAAAGCUUUUUGUCUAAUAACAAUGCUUUAAGCAAUUGGGUUGAUGAGUCUAAUUUAUGCAAUUGGGCUGGUUUAUUAUGCACAAACAACAACUUUUAUGGAUUGAGGUUAGAAAAUAUGGGACUUGGUGGGAAAAUUGAUGUAGACACAUUGUUGGAAUUGACAAAUUUUGUUAGUUUUAGUGUCAUGAAUAAUACAUUUGAGGGUCCAAUGCCUGAAUUCAAAAAGCUUGUGAAGUUAAGGGGAUUGUUUUUGUCCAAUAACAAAUUUUCUGGUGAGAUUUUAGUUAAUGGUUUUGAGGGUAUGGUGAAUCUUAAAAGGGUAUUUUUGGCAGGAAAUGAGUUUAAUGGUCAUAUUCCCUUUUCACUUACUUCUUUGACUAGACUUUUGGAUUUGGACUUGCAUGGUAAUAGUUUUGGAGGUAAUAUACCUGAAUUUCAACAGAACUUUUUCAGAUUUUUUGAUUUGUCCAACAAUCAAUUGGAGGGACAGAUACCAAUUAGCUUAAGCAAUGAGCCCUUAACCUCAUUUUCUGGCAAUAAAGGCUUGUGUGGGAAACCUUUGAAUCCAUGCAACAUUUCUCCAACCAUAUCUAUUGUGCAUCCCAAUUCAUCUCCUUCAACUCAAGGAAAUAGAAACAAACACAAAAAAUUCCUUAGAUUGUUAAUCAUAGUUUUGGCUAUUGUUGUUUUAGCUUCAAUAGUAGCACUUUUCUUUAUCCAAACCCGCCGGCGACGACGAAGCGUAAAACAACUCAAACCGAUAUUAGGCCUACAACAAAACUCUCAAAAAACUCAAAGUUUCAAGGAGACACAAUCCAUUGAUUUGACUGGUGAUUUUAGUAAAGGUGAAAAUGGAGAAUUGAACUUUGUAAGGGAAGAUAGAGGGAGUUUUGAUUUGCAAGAUCUUCUUAGGGCUUCAGCUGAAGUGCUUGGUAGUGGAAGCUUUGGAUCAACUUAUAAGGCCAUGAUUUUGAAUGGACCAAUUGUGGCUGUGAAGAGAUUUAGGCACAUGAACAAUGUUGGAAAGAAUGAGUUUUUUGAAUACAUGAAAAAGCUUGGAAGCUUGAAUCAUCCUAAUCUACUCCCUCUUGUUGCAUUCUACUACAAAAAAGAAGAGAAGUUUUUAGUUUAUGAUUUUGGUGAAAAUGGUAGUUUGGCUAGUCAUCUACACGGUAGAAACGGCAUUGUACUAAACUGGUCGACUCGUCUAAAAAUCAUAAAAGGAGUAGCAAGAGGAUUAUCACAUCUCUAUAAAGAGUUUCCUAAACAAAACCUAGCACAUGGUCAUCUAAAAUCCUCGAAUGUGAUCCUAAACAAUUCAUUUGUGCCACUUUUAACAGAAUAUGGACUUAUACCUAUGACAAACAAAAACCAUGCACAACAAUUCAUGGCAUCCUACAAAUCACCAGAAGUGACACAUUUUGAUAGACCAAAUGAAAAAACAGACAUAUGGUGUCUUGGAAUCCUCAUCUUAGAGCUAUUAACAGGAAAGUUUCCCUCAAAUUAUCUAAGACAUGGAAAAGGCGGCGAGAGUUCGGAUUUAGCAACAUGGGUGAACUCAGUUGUGAGGGAAGAAUGGACAGGUGAAGUGUUUGAUAAGGAUAUAAUGGGAACAAGAAAUGGUGAAGGUGAGAUGUUGAAGCUUUUGAGGAUUGGAAUGUUGUGUUGUGAAUGGAGUGUUGAGAGGAGACUGGAUUGGAAAGAUGCUUUGGCUAAGAUUGAAGAACUUAAGGAGAAAGAUAGUGAAGAUGAAUCUUUUUCUUAUGUUAGUGAAGCUGAUUUGUAUUCAAGAGGUGUCACUGAUGAUGAUUUCUCUUUUUCUGUUGAUAACAUUGGGAAUGUGACUCAGUAG